AUGACAACUGCGGAACAAAUUUUACCGUUUGAAUGUGUAUUAUCAGAGGAAGAGAGCAGAGUUUUAGAGACAGUUGAUAUAUAUGUGAGUGAUGUGGAACCAAAAGAAACUGAACGUGUGAUAAAAUUUUUAGAAAAUCAUUGUCCUCGUGAUAAUGAAAUCUUAUGUCAUGCUAAAAGGAUAAAGAAAACUUCUCACGACAAAGGAUUUACAUUGGCAGUGUUAAUAUGCUCAGUUGAAAAGAUUACAAUCACAGAAUUAACAAUCUUAAUAAAUAAUCAUAACCUUGGUUCAAUACUUAAACCACGUAUACAGCAAAUAUGUAAAUAUCCUGCUAUUACGCGUUCUCAAUUUGACGAAUGGAGAAAAUUAUGGCCAAUAAAUUUUCGUGAAGAUCCUAGAAGAGAAACGAAAUUUACUUUAAAAGAAAUUGAGCGUAUAAAACAAUAUAUGGAUAAUGCUAUUCAAUUAUCUUCUCAAGCAAAAUCAAAAGGUGAAUUACCAAUUGGAUGUAUAUUAGUUGAUCCAAAGAAAAACAUUACACUGUCGGAAGUUAUUGAUACUCGUAAUUCAACAAAAAAUCCACUUCGACAUGCUAUAUUAAAUUGUAUAGAUGAUAUAGCUUCAUUGGAAAGAUCAAAUCGUGUUAAAAAAUCAAAAAAAAUUGAGGUUCCUCGAAAAAGAACAUUUAAUGAAGUUACUAUUGAAGGAAAAGAUGAUGUAGAAAUAACACUCGAUGAAGAUGAUUUUGUUGAACAAAGAGAAAAUGUUGAAAGCGCUUAUUUAUGUGUUCAAUGGCACUUGUACAUUCAAGGGUUAGACGAGUAUUUUAUGGUCGUUCAAACACAGUAUCAGUCAUUUAAAGGACUUUUACAACAUAAAAUUGAUGAUUUGCCACUAAUUGAUUGUUAA